GCAAAGGAAGGUCUCGUUGGAAGAAUGGUCGGCACCACCUCUUGCUCCCUCUCCGCAUUAUUUGGACCUUAUUACCCUCCCUCCUUCAACAAUAUUCACACCAAAUAUUAAUAUUCUCUCAUUUGAGAUUCAAUCAAAACUUAACAAAGACCCUACGUUCUUUCUCCCUAUAUACUCCUCUUCACCUUUCCAUGCCCUCUCCUCCACCCUCCUCCCUCUUCCUCCACCACAACCGCCACCCGCUAUGGUAGCCGGAAUUUCACGAUCACCCACAACUCUCAUCAUUGUAAUCUCUCUCACCAUCCUCCUCUUAUGGUACACAACUACAACCACCACCAUUAUUUUCCGGCAACCACCUCCAACUGUAAAAGCCAAUCAUAUCGUAAAGGAAAAACAACAGGAUCAACAUUACAGGUUGACACGCCGUGUAUUGAUCAACAGGAAAGUGCUAUCACCAACCACAAACUUCGACUUCACACCGUUUCUUCAUGGGGAUCACCACCAGCACCACCAGCAUCCGGCGGCAGUGCCAGAGAUUGACCCAAGAUAUGGAGUUGAGAUGCGGCUUGUCCCGACAGGUCCGAACCCAUUACACCACUGAGGUCUCGUUGACCAUACUUGAUAUAUGUAAUUGCGGUAUAUGUUGUUUAUUCAAAAACAAAAAAAGAAGUAGAAAUAUAUAACGGAAUUUAUUCAUAAAUACAUACUUUCUUAUUUUCUUUUA